AUGGCCACUCUUGACAUCAACCUCCCCUCGCCCUUUGCAGACAUCCCCCGCAAACCACUCCUCUUCGGCCCCUCCCCCAUCCAGCAUCUCCCUCGCAUCUCCGGGGCCCUCGGCGGCAAAGUCAACGUCUACGCCAAGCGCGACGACUGCAACUCGGGCCUCGCCUUUGGAGGCAACAAAGUCCGCAAGCUAGAGUACCUCGCCGCAGAUGCUCUCGCCCAAGGAAGCGAUACCCUCGUCUCCAUCGGCGGCAUCCAGUCAAACCACACUCGCGCCGUCACCGCCGUCGCCGCAGCCCUCGGCCUCGCUGCCGCCACCGUCCAAGAGCACUGGGUCCCUUCUUCUUCCUCUACUAACCCCUCUUACUCAAUGGACCCAAACUACGAAAAAGUAGGCAACAUCCAGUUAUCCCGCCUCAUGGGCGGCGACGUCCGCGUCGAGCCCGCCGUCCCGUCAUUCGGCAUCGAACACAAACCCACUCUCGCAAAGCUCAAAGCAGAACUGGAAAGUAAAGGGAAGAAGCCCUAUUACAUACCCGCCGGGGCAUCGGAUCAUCCGCUCGGGGGGUUGGGGUUCGCGAGAUGGGCGUUUGAGGUGGAGGCGCAGGAGAAGGACAUGGGCGUGUUUUUCGAUACGAUUGUUGUUUGUGCUGUUACGGGAUCGACGUUUGCGGGAAUGAUUGCCGGGUUCAAACUUGCCCAGAAACUCGGGUCACCGAAAAGAAGAAUCAUUGGGAUUGAUGCUUCGGGGAAACCAAAGGAGACGCUCUCUCAGGUUCUGCGCAUUGCGAAAUUCACUGCGGAGAAGAUUGGGCUUGAGGAAGGGGAUGUUACGGAGGAAGACGUCGAGCUGGAUGAGAGGUUCAAUGCGGGGAUAUACGGCCUUCCGGACGAGACGACGGUGGAGGCUAUCAAAUUUGGAGCGAGGACGGAGGCGUUCAUCACAGAUCCCGUGUAUGAGGGCAAGAGUCUGGCAGGGAUGAUGGGGUUGAUAAAGGGGGGCGAGAUUGAGGGGGAGAAUGUGCUGUAUGCGCAUCUGGGAGGGCAGUUGGCGUUGAAUGCUUAUACGUCGAUUUGA